AUGCCAGAGGAGAACGGGAGGGCGGUCGUCCCCCCCGACAGCCCGGGGUGGGCGGCGGAGGCCGGGGGGCCGGGGGCCGAGGCUGGCAGCCCCCCGCCCACCCCCCGCCGGCGCUUGGCCUCCACCAAGCACAAGUCUCAGGGCAGCCCCACGGUGCCGCGCUCCCCCCGGGCCCUCUUCUGCCUCCGGCUCAGCCACCCCCUGCGCCAGGCCGCCAUCAGCAUCGUGGAGUGGAAGCCCUUCGACAUCCUCAUCCUCAUGACGAUCUUCGCCAACUGCGUGGCCCUGGGGGUCUAUAUCCCCUUCCCCGAGGACGACUCCAACACGGCCAACCACGACCUGGAGCAGGUGGAAUACGUCUUCCUCAUCAUCUUCACGGUGGAGACGUUCCUGAAGAUCAUCGCGUACGGGCUGGUCCUGCACCCCAGCGCCUACAUCCGCAACGGCUGGAACCUGCUGGACUUCGUCAUCGUGGUGGUGGGGCUGUUCAGCGUGGUCUUGGAGCAGGCAUCCCACAAGCCCGGGGACGCCCACCACAUGAGCGGGAAGCCGGGCGGCUUCGACGUCAAAGCCCUGCGGGCCUUCCGCGUCCUCCGGCCCCUGCGCCUCGUCUCCGGCGUCCCCAGCCUGCACAUCGUGCUCAACUCCAUCAUGAAGGCCAUGGUGCCCCUGCUGCACAUCGCGCUGCUCGUCCUCUUCGUCAUCAUCAUCUACGCCAUCAUCGGCCUGGAGCUCUUCAUCGGCCGCAUGCACAAGACCUGCUUCCUCGUGGGCUCAGACCUGGAGGCCGAGGAGGAGCCCUCGCCCUGCGCCUUCUCGGGGCACGGCCGGGAGUGUCCCCUCAACAGCACCGAGUGCCGGGGCCGCUGGGAGGGGCCGAACGGCGGGAUCACCAACUUCGACAACUUCUUCUUCGCCAUGCUGACCGUCUUCCAGUGCAUCACCAUGGAGGGCUGGACCGACGUGCUGUACUGGAUGCAGGACGCUAUGGGGCACGAGCUGCCCUGGGUUUACUUCGUCAGCCUGGUCAUCUUCGGCUCCUUCUUCGUGCUCAACCUGGUGCUGGGGGUGCUGAGCGGGGAGUUCUCCAAGGAGCGGGAGAAGGCCAAAGCCCGGGGGGACUUCCAGAAGCUGCGGGAGAAGCAGCAGAUGGAGGAGGAUCUCAGGGGCUACCUGGACUGGAUCACGCAGGCCGAGGACAUCGACCCCGACAACGAGGAGGGGGACCCCGAGGACAAGCACGCCCCCAGUCUCCCCGCGAGUGAAACGACGUCCGUCAACACCGAGAACGUGGGCGAAGAGGAGCAUCACGCCACCUGCUGCGACGUGUAUCUAGGCAAAAUCUCAAAGACAAAAUUCUGCCGCCGGUGCCGGCGCAUGAACCGGCUCCUGCGGAAGCGCUGCCGCCUGGCCGUGAAAUCCGUCUCCUUCUACUGGAUGGUCCUGAUCCUCGUCUUCCUCAACACGCUGACGAUCGCCUCCGAGCACGACAACCAGCCCGACUGGCUGACGCAGAUCCAGGCCUACGCCAACAAGGUGCUGCUCUCGCUCUUCACGCUGGAGAUGCUGCUCAAGCUCUACGCCCUGGGCCUGCAGGGCUAUUUCGUCAGCUUCUUCAACCGCUUCGACUGCUUCGUGGUGUGCGGGGGCAUCCUGGAGACGGUGCUGGUGGAGCUGCAGCUCAUGGAGCCGCUCGGCAUCUCCGUGCUCCGCUGCGUCCGCCUGCUGCGCAUCUUCAAAGUCACCAGGCACUGGGCGUCGCUGAGUAACCUGGUGGCCUCGCUGCUGAACUCCAUGAAAUCGAUCGCGUCCCUGCUCCUGCUGCUCUUCCUCUUCAUCAUCAUCUUCUCCCUGCUGGGGAUGCAGCUCUUCGGCGGCAAGUUCAACUUCGACGAGACCCAGACCAAGCGCAGCACGUUCGACACCUUCCCGCAGGCGCUGCUCACCGUCUUCCAGAUCCUGACGGGCGAGGACUGGAACGCGGUGAUGUACGACGGGAUCAUGGCGUACGGGGGCCCGUCCUUCCCCGGCAUGCUGGUGUGCGUCUACUUCAUCAUCCUCUUCAUCUGCGGCAACUAUAUCCUGCUGAACGUCUUCCUGGCCAUUGCUGUGGACAAUCUGGCCGAUGGGGACAACAUCAACUCGUCCAAGGAGGAGAGCAGAAAGGGGAAGGCUGUGGAUGAGGCCCAGGGCAGCGGCAGCCAGGAUGGCAGCGUGAAGGUGCCGUGCGGGGAGGAGGAGGAGGAGGAGGAGGACGAAGGAGGAGGGGAGGAGACCGAGGAGGGUGACCAGGAGAGCCUGGCCGAGUCCCACCUGGACAAGCUGGAGGAGGCGCCAACCGAGAAAGUCCUGCCCAUCCCGGCCGGCAGCGCCUUCUUCAUCCUGAGCAGCACCAACCCGCUCCGGGUGGGGUGUCACGCCUUGAUCCAUCACCACAUCUUCACCAACCUCAUCCUCGUCUUCAUCAUCCUCAGCAGCAUCUCGCUGGCCGCCGAGGACCCCAUCCGGGCCCACUCCUUCCGCAACAUCAUUCUGGGGUACUUCGACUAUGCCUUCACCUCCAUCUUCACCGUGGAGAUCCUGCUCAAGAUGACAGCCUACGGCGCCUUCCUCCACAAAGGCUCCUUCUGCAGGAAUUGGUUCAACCUGCUGGAUCUGCUGGUCGUCAGCGUCUCCCUCAUCUCCUUUGGGAUCCACUCCAGCGCCAUCUCUGUGGUGAAGAUUUUGCGGGUGCUGCGCGUGCUGCGGCCUCUCCGAGCCAUCAACCGGGCCAAGGGCCUGAAGCACGUGGUCCAGUGUGUCUUCGUGGCCAUUCGCACCAUCGGCAACAUCAUGAUCGUCACCACCCUGCUGCAGUUCAUGUUCGCCUGCAUCGGGGUGCAGCUCUUCAAGGGCAAAUUCUACAGCUGCACGGACGAGGCCAAGCACACGCCAGAGGAAUGCAAGGGCACGUUCAUCGUGUACAAGGACGGGGACGUGGGGCACCCCAUGGUGCGCGAGCGGAUCUGGCACAACAGCGACUUCAACUUCGACAACGUCCUGUCCGGCAUGAUGGCCCUGUUCACCGUCUCCACCUUCGAGGGCUGGCCCAGCCUGCUGUACAAGGCGAUCGACGCCAACGGGGAGAACCUAGGCCCCAUCUACAACUACCGGGUGGAGAUCUCCGUCUUCUUCAUCGUCUACAUCAUCAUCAUCGCCUUCUUCAUGAUGAACAUCUUCGUGGGCUUCGUCAUCAUCACCUUCCGCGCCCAGGGCGAGCAGGAGUACCGCAACUGCGAGCUGGACAAGAACCAGCGGCAGUGCGUGGAGUACGCGCUGAAGGCCCAGCCGCUGCGGCGCUACAUCCCCAAGAACCGGCACCAGCACCGGGUGUGGGCGGCCGUGAACUGCUCGGCCUUCGAGUACGGCAUGUUCCUGCUCAUCCUGCUCAACACCAUCGCCCUGGCCGUGCAGCACUACGAGCAGUCGCAGCCCUUCAACUACGUCAUGGACCUGCUCAACAUGGUCUUCACCGGCCUCUUCACCGUGGAGAUGGUGCUGAAAAUCAUCGCCUUCAAACCCCGGCACUAUUUCUGCGACGCCUGGAACACCUUCGACGCGCUGAUCGUGGUGGGCAGCGUGGUGGACAUCGCCGUCACCGAGGUCAAUAAUGGCGGCCAUGUCGGAGAGAGCUCGGAGGACAGCGCCCGCAUCUCCAUCACCUUCUUCCGCCUCUUCCGCGUCAUGCGCCUGGUGAAGCUGCUCAGCAAAGGCGAAGGGAUCCGCACGCUGCUCUGGACCUUCAUCAAGUCCUUCCAGGCCCUGCCCUAUGUCGCCCUGCUGAUCGCCAUGAUCUUCUUCAUCUACGCCGUCAUUGGCAUGCAGAUCUUCGGCAAAGUGGCGCUGCAGGACGGGACGCAGAUCAACCGCAACAACAACUUCCAGACCUUCCCGCAGGCCGUGCUGCUGCUCUUCAGGUAGCGCGCGGCCCCGGGCCCCCGCUCCCCCGGGGC